AUGGAAGAACCUGAAGAACUUGCAAAAUGCAGCAGUACUGGAAGGAGACUAAGUAUUGACCCGAAUCAUUCACCCGAAUUCGAGUUUUGGAUGGUCCGAAAUCCUUCCUUUCCUCAACCCGACCUACCCUCAGCCGAUGAACUCUUCUCCGAUGGAAUCCUUCUUCCUCUCUACCCACCUAACCCGAACCCUCCAUCACAUAAAACGGAGCCUGAAUCAUCCGGGUCGGAUAGAUCCGAAACCGGACCCAAGGUUUCUGGCGCUGAAUCCCCGAACUCUUCGAAGCGUUGGAAAGACAUUUUCAAGAAGAAAACUUCACAGAAUUGUAAAGAGAAGGAUAAGAAGAAGAAAGAGAAGAAGGGCGGCGUUGUAAUUUGUGGAAGUAAUACUGGGGUGAAUGCGGCGGAGCUGAAUAUCAACAUUUGGCCGUUUUCGAGGAGUAUAUCUGCCGGUAACGGCGGAAGUAGGCCGCCACGGGUGGUGACUCGGAAGGUGAAUAGUGCACCGUGUUCCCGGAGUAACUCCGCCGGUAGGAAAUGGCCGAGUAGUCCCAGCCGUAGUGGAGUACAUUUAGGCCGGAGCAGCGCAGUUUGGCAAGUCCGCCGCUCAGAAGGUCACCGGAAAAGUAAACCUGAAAAGGUUGUCGAAAAAGUUGAAUCUGAAGAUCACCGGAAAGUGACGUCAGCCGCCGUCCCCGGUAUGCCAAAAGCUAGAGUACUGAAGAUGAAUGUACCGAUGUGCAUUGGUUACCGGCAAAAUUCAGUUUGUAGAAGUGAUGAAAAUAGUGCUAUAAGUGUCGCUGCGGCGGCGGUUGCCGGUGGCCAGAGUGGUGGCGCUGUGACUGAUGAAGUGGCACGUAAAGAAAAAGCCUCCUCAUUACCAUGGUCGGCCGGUGGUAGAACGACGGUGGCACCUAGUAUCAAGGAGUGCAUUCCUGGGCCAUGUGACCUAUCUUCUGAUUUCAAAAUUGAUAAGCCUGCAUCAGUUCCAGGCUGA